AUGGCCAGUACACCUGCGAACACCACUGAGGUUAUCCAACUCACAGUCCCAUCACAUUUUCCUAUCAAACUCACCCCUUCGAACUUUUCUGUCUGGAGGCGCCAGGUCCAAUCCACAUUGAUUGGCUUCAAUCUUCUCGGCUUCAUUGACGGUUCUGUCAAAGAACCAGCCGCAUUUAAUGAUUCUGCUCACACGAUCGCGAACUCGGCUCAUCUUGUCUGGUAUCGCCAAGACCAGAUAAUCAUCAACGCUCUUUUGGUGAGCUGUUGUGACACAAUCCAGCCCCUCAUCAUAUCCACAGCUAAAAUUGCCAAUGAUGCCUGGCAACGACUUCUCGUCAGUUAUGCUAGUGCCACUCGAGGACGAAUCAUUUCCCUCAAGGCCAAGCUCAGGAAAAACCCGAGAGGCGCUCGGUCCGUUACCGCCUAUCUCAAUGAUAUGCGUUCCAUAGCUGAUGAACUUGCUUUGGCUCAGUGUCCGGUCUCCGAUGAAGACAUUGUUGUCUAUGUUUUGACUCAAUUAGGAGAUGAGUACAAAUCUAUCAUGUCAGUUGUCCGCAUUCGUGAAACUCCAAUUUCCUUGGGAGAAUUAGCAGACAUUCUCACUGAUCAUGAACGCCAACUAAAGGAGGCCGAUGAUGCUCACCAGUCCUUAAUGACCAGUGCUAAUAUUACUCAACGUGGCUCUUUUGGUUCUCGUAAUCAACAGCCUGCGUCGAUCCGAAGGUUCCGUAAUAAUAAUAACAACGGUACCGCCAAUAACAGACCAAAUUCACCGCAAGGAAGAACCAAUCGAAUGGGUGUUGUUUGCAAAUUUUGUAAUUUUGCUGGUAAUGAAACGCGAGUUUGCCGGAAGUUAGCCCGAUUUUUGAAAGAACAUAAUGUUUUUCCCAUGCAGGCCGCUUCGUCAUAUCCGUCUCCUACGGCCAAUUCCACCAUCGGCUCGACCUCAUCAUGGCUGUUUGACACGGGCGCUUCUCACCACGCCACUCCAAGUGUGAACCCUUUGCAGACCUUUUCAGAGUACACUGGUCCUAAUGAAGUUCGCCUGGGCAACGAUAAUUCUCUACAAAUUUCCCAUAUAGGUCAGUCUACCAUUCCCACUUUCGCUUCCGUCCUUACUCUGCGCAAUGUCUUGUGUGUUCCAAAGUUACAAAAUAAUCUAGUGUCCAUCUCUCAGCUGUUUAAAACUAAUAAAGUAUCUGUUGAACUUUUUGAUUCCCACUUUCUUGUGAAGGAACUUCAAACGGGGACCACACAGUUACGGAGGACGAACAUUAACGGUGUCUACUAUGGACCUUUGUCUUAUGAGCCUACAAUAAACACUGUGCGUCUAUCUCAUGCGUUUUAG